CCUUCCCCCCCCCCCCCACCUCUCUGUUGGUCGCUUGAAAUCCAGGAAGAGAGAGAGAGAGAGCCAAGCCUGAGCCAUGGGCAACACAAACGCGAAAGAUCCAAAGGCGGAUCGGGACAUCCUUGACGCACCGCCGGUGCUAGAGAAACGUGGUUCACGGGACACACACGAUGGCGACACAGCAGCCAUGCACGGUGCAGAUGGCCCCCAGACCUCGCCCUACCACAUAAACACGAUGCAGCCGACCCCGGUGCCGUCGCCGCGCCACCACAGGACAAUAUUUCCCCAGGCGAGGCAAGGCGCCGACGGCGAAGCAAUCCCGCAUCCGUUGUCAAAGUCAUCAGAUGAGCAACGGCAGCAACACCAGCUGGAUGGUAUUGAAUCUGAGGAAUCGUGGGUCGAGACUGCAGAGUCGAGGAGUGCUUCAGUACCGAAGACGCUCCCCGUUCCCCUCGAGGAGAUGCUCCCGCCGCUUGAUGCCAUGGCCGUUGACAGCGACUCGCCAUCCCGCGUCGUCGUGGAAGGUGACGCCUCAGAGGGCACGGUGCCGACGCGGUUUGUGUGGCGGGAAGCAGCGUCACAAGUGAUGGUGGCUGGGACCUUUAAUCGCUGGGAAGAUCACGUCCCGCUUCAAAAACAGCGGGACGGGUCCUUCUCAACCAUCAUGCACCUGAAGCCUGGCGAGUACCAGUACAAGUAUCUUGUUGACGGCGAGUGGCGCCACGACCCGGACGCCCCGACGUGCUCAAACUCGCUCGGCUCCAUCAACAACCUUGCCCGCAUUGUAGCGAGUGCCCUGCACAUCUCUGGCGAGGACAGCCUCCUCCUCGUCGAAGAAACGGGCGACGGACGCGCAUCGCCUGCUGGGGAGUAUGGGCAGGAUGUACCCGAGUUGUGGGGCGCAAAGCCGCCCACGCUUCCUCCGCAGCUCUUGGACGUCACCCUCAAUGCGCAGCACCCGAGCAAGGACCCGACGCAGCUGCCUGAGCCCCACCACGUCAUGCUCAGCCACCUCUAUGCCCUCUCCAUCAAGGACAAUGUGAUUGUGCUUGGCUGCACCAACCGAUACAGAAAGAAGUUUGUGACGACAGUGCUCUACAAGCCAUUUGAGGCGUGACACGACCACAGCGACAACGACGACAACGACAACGACACCGAGUGCUUGGUCAAUGAGCGUGUAAAACGCGCCGUUCUUCAGGUCUUUCUUGCUGCUUGCUUGCUUGCGUGUGUGUGGGUGAGUGAUUGGAUUGUCGCAAAAACCGUCGCGCUCUCCCUCCCCCCCCCCUCUUUUAUUGUUCUUCUGAUCGAGAUGAAGGCUGGCUGAUGUUGCUCCCUUCUUUUUCUCCUCUGGACUGUUAUUCGUUUCCAUCCACACCACACAAUGAAUAAAUCAUCAUUUGCUGACA